AUGGUCAAAAUAUCUCAAAUUAUUAUUUAUAGCAUUUUUCAAGUUACCGCAUGCACCAAUCCCGAUUCCAAACAAUCCGAUUCCGAUUCUAGAAUCGGAAUCGAAUGGGAUUGGUUGGAAUUGGAAUCGGAAUCGAAUGGAAUCGGUUGGAAUUGGAAUUGGAAUCGAAUGGAAUUGGUUGGGAUUGGGAUUAGAAUCGAACGGAAUUGGUUGGGAUUGGGAUUGGAAUCGACCCAUAGUUGGAAUCGGGAUCGAAUGGGAUUGUUUGGAAUUGGAAUUGGUUGGAACCAGCUGGGAUUGACUGGAUGUGAUUUGAAACUAACGUGA